CAUGCAUUGGGUAACAGGAGGAGGAGGAGGGCCAUGCUGACAGCAGCGAGUUGUUGUGUUUGAGAGUCUCACGGGGGCCGCGAAAACGGGCGGAUUUACAAAAGGAGAAAGUGGGACGCAUUAGCACCGGCACGGUGGGCUGAAUGGCCUUUACGGUUUCAAAUGUGAUUGAUUCGUUUCGUUACCAGUAAGAGGCUUUGAAAGUACUGAAGAUUUCUUUAUUAAUUCAAACCUGUUGUAUCUCUUUGCUGCUUGGCGCCGAGAUUCCGCGGAAGCAGCUGCGGCCUAACCGGACCUGAAGCCUGGGGCUGGGAUUUUGCCGAUUGCGGGCUCAAUGCUGCAAACCCCCGGGCCUGAAGCGGGAAAUGAUCGGUUUGUUCUCGUUGCUACUUUAGACAAUGUGCGGCAUUUGUCGAAUCUGCUCAAAGCCGUUCAUUUCCGAGACCAGGCGACGGUCUUCGCCUCCGCGAAUGGCAUCAGGGUGACGGCUGAGGCCGCCAAGAGCGUUCAGGGGAACGCGUUCAUCCAGGCAUGUAUUUUUCAAGAAUUUCGAAUUGAGGAGGACUCUGUGAUGUUUGUAGUAAACCUAACAGUUCUCCUUGAUUGUCUCUCAAUAUUUAGUGCAAGUUCCCUGCCAGGAAUGACAACAGCCCUGAAAAUGUGUUACCGUGGAUAUGGAUAUCCAUUGACACUGUUUCUGGAGGAGAGUGGUGUGGUAACAGUUUGUAAGAUUCAGACUCAGGAACCAGAGGAGACUCUUGACUUUGACUUCUGUAGCACAAAUGUUGUAAAUAAAAUAAUUCUGCAGUCAGAAAGCCUUCGGGAGGCUUUUGCCGAGCUUGAUAUGAGCAGCGAGGUGCUGCAGAUCACAAUGUCUCCGGAAAAACCCAAUUUCAGGUUAUCUACUUUUGGGAAUGCUGGAAGCAUACAUUGUGAUUAUCCGAAAGACUCUGAUAUGAUUGAGGCAUUCCAUUGCAACCAGACCCAAUGUAAUAGGUAUAAAAUUUCAUUACUGAAGCCAUCUAUUAAGGCCUUGGCUCUGUCCUGUAAAGUUUCGCUCCGUACAGAUAACCGUGGAUUUCUCUCCUUACAAUAUAUGAUCCGGAAUGAAGAUGGACAAAUCUGCUUUGUAGAGUAUUACUGUUGUCCCGAUGAAGAGGUUGGAGAGUUUGAGACAUGAUGUGCAACCAUUUGUCUUUUUGUUUUUCAAAGGAACAUAGGAACUGGAGUAGGCCAUUCAACCCCUUGAAUCUGCUUCACCUUUCAAUAAGAUCAUGUGACCUAUGGUCUGAUCUGUGGCCUAACUCAAUAUGCCUGCCUUGGGCCCAUAUCCCAAUUUAAAAUUAAUAAUUGAAUUAACAAUGGCCAUUUGAGGAAGAGAGUUCCAAACUUUUGCUAUUCUUUGCAUGUACAAGUGUUUUCUAACGUCUCUCCUGAUUGGCACGGCCAUGAUUUUUACAGUAUGCCCCAUGGUUCUAGAAUGUUCAACCCGUCGACAUCGUUUAUCUUUGUCUACCCUGCUUUUCCCUGUUAAUAACUAGAAAACCUUGAUUAUAUCACCCCUUAACCUUCUGAAUUCUAGAGAAAACGGACCUAAUUUGUCUAAUCUCUCCUCAUGACUUAACCUCUGAAUCCAGGUAUCAUAUUUGUAAACUUGCAUUGAACUCUUCUCAGGGGCAAAAUAUCCUUCCUUAGGUAUGACACUGAGAUUUGCACUACAUCUUCAAAACUAAGUACCUUUCCUCUUUGCAGAAGUUAAACCUUGAAGCAUUGUCCAGCCUGAAUUUGACUGUUACUAUUGAACCUGCUUCCAUUGCCAUGUACGAAAUGCUUUUUUUGGCACAGAUUUUUUUGUAUCCUGUUAACACUGGUUUAAAUAUUUUUAAAAUGUACCCAUGAUUC